AUGGCGACUUCAAGGCUUCCGUUUCUAUAUCCAAACCUUUUCCGCUUAGUACGAUCAUGCGAGCCGACGACGUACAGAUCACUUCGAUAUCCUCCUACCCAACGCCCCUCAGGCUUCCAUUCUGGCCCGGCAUGUGAACAAGAGGCCUACCACCAACGUUAUGGGCCUGCCGCAGAGCCACACCUCCGACCGCCGCCAUGGUCUACUGGAAAAGGCGAUAUCCUGCCCCCCGGAAAAUUUCCCAGCAAUACUCACAAGCGAACCAACGAUACGACUCAGACGCCGAGCUUGAAAGAUGCGAGUAAGCAGACUGUCUCAUCUGUCGCUGGAGUGCCAGAAUCUUCAUCUCCUUCCGCGGUCUCUGUUUCAUCCACGGUUCUUUCCAGCGAAUUGCCUUCUCAAGAAAGAGUUGGCGGCGACUCAAAUCUAGCAGGUCCUAUUAAUGCCGCUCAAGCUUCAACGGGUAAUGACAUCGCCAAUGGUCCCGUCACUGAUGCCCUUGAAUCCGUAUUUCAGAUGACAGAUGCUGACGUGGGAUCUUCGUCGGCAUCAUCACCCCCAGCGGAGUCGAUGUCACUAAUGCGCUCUACUGCUUCGGAGUCGCAUAGACCACCACACCUCUCUCCUCCACCUUACGUACACCACUUUGACAGUUACAGCUUAGUGAAAGAUCUUGAAAAGGGUGGAUUCACAGAUAGACAAUCAACAUCUAUCAUGAAAGCAGUCAGAGGCAUAUUAGCAGAGAACUUGGAACUGGCUCGGCAAGGCCUGAUAUCUAAAUCCGAUUUCGAGAAUGAAACAUAUCUCUUUCGCGCUGCAUGUUCAGAAUUGCGAAAUUCCAUUCAGAAGUCUAGGACUGCAGGCACGCAAGCCCAGCGCGCUCAACGUGCCCAAUUGCAGCACGAAGUCGACAUUUUGUCCCAGAAGAUGGCUCAGGAGUUAGCUGGUUUGAAGGACGAUCUGAAAGAGAUGUUCAACGACCAAAAAAUAUCAUCUAAAGAGCUACAGCGAUCCCAAGAUACCGGGAUACAGGAAUUGAACUAUCAAAUAACUGUUUCUUUAAACAGUGAUGGGAAAAGGGCAGUGGAAAGCCUCAGAUGGAUCUUGACUCGCAGGGCUGCUGUUGCCAUUGCAACGAGCGCUAUUAUGAUAAUAUUUGCCCUCCGUCUUCAUUCAUAUAAACAACAAAAGGGAGAAAAGCAAAAGGCUGCGGCUGCCCUUAUGCCAGUUAUACCCCAAGAUUCUACGUUUAUAAACGAGGCCUCUCAAAGCGGCUCAGUCGAAUCUGCUGUUGCCGAGCCCAUGGGUUAA